UGCGCAUGCGCGGGGGGGAAACUGCCGCUGUGCGCCGUUAUUACCCCAGGAGUCAUUUCUUCUUUUCUGUUUUUUUAUUAUUUUUUGUUUUUCUACGAAAAUGGCGUCCAGUCAAGGAGGUGUGGGAGCUGUCACGUCCCUACAAAGCCACCACUACUCCAGCGGACCACCCUGGACCCCCGGCGUCAGCCAGUACCAGCAGCAGCAGCAGCAGCAGCAGUACCACACGGCCCGCAGCCUGGACCGGGCUCUGGAGGAUGCCGGCUGCUCGGGGAUACUGAACCUGAGCGGCAGGAGGCUGAGGGAGUACCCGGGGAUGAGCUACGACCUUACCGAUACGACACAAGCAGAUCUGUCCAAGAAUCGCCUGACAGAAAUACCUCCAGAAGUGUGUCUGUUCGCCCCCCUGGAGUCGCUCAACCUCUAUCACAACUGCAUCAAGUGCAUCCCGGAAGCCAUCAUCAACCUGCAGAUGCUGACCUAUCUUGACGUCAGCCGAAACCUCCUGUCAGUUUUGCCAAAAUACUUGUUCAGCCUCCCCCUCAAAGUUCUGCUGGUGAGCAACAACAAACUAGUGUCCAUCCCAGAGGACAUCGGCAAGGCCAAAGAGUUGAUGGAACUGGACGUCAGCUGCAAUGAGAUCCAGGUGCUGCCAGCUCAGGUGGGGAGGCUUCAUGCUUUGCGGGAACUCAACAUCAGGAAGAAUUGUCUUCACAUGCUGCCUGAAGAGUUGGCUGACUUGCCCCUCAUCCAACUUGACUUCUCCUGUAAUAAGAUCACAGAGAUUCCUCCAGCGUACAGGAAACUCAGGCAGCUGCAACACAUCAUCCUAGAUAACAACCCUAUGCAGUCUCCACCAGCACAGAUCUGUCUCAAGGGCAAAGUGCACAUAUUCAAGUACCUAAACAUCCAGGCGUGUAGGACGGACAAGAAACCGGACACCCUGGACCUGCCCUCCCUCAGCAAACGGUGCCUUCCGCAGCCACUUACAGAUAGCAUGGAAGAUUUUUAUCCCAAUAAGAACCACGGGCCGGACUCUGGAAUUGGAAGUGACAAUGGCGACAAGAGGCUGUCUGCAACUGAGCCUUCGGACGAUGACACUGUCAGCCUGCACUCUCAGGUCUCAGAGACAGCCCGCGCUGACGCGCUCUCUCUCCUCUCUAAAAUGGAUUCUUGCAAAGAUCAGGAUCUCUAUGACUUUAUAGAGCCCAACCCGGAAGAGGAUCCUGCUCUGUCAGAGUGUGACGGGCAGCACAGCGGUCAUGUGUCGUGUAUCAAGGAACUGGAGAAAGUUCUAAACAUGUCUCACCAAAUCAAAGAUAAAGAAGGUUGGAAAGAGGAAUCAGGCUCCGAUAAGGAGCAGCUAGUUGAGGAAGAGGAUGAUGAGCUGAAGGAAGUGCUAGAUCUGAGGAAGAUUGCAGUUCAGCUUUUGCAGCAGGAGCAGCAGAACAGGCGCCGGUCCUUGAUCUGCAGGGCGGAGAGUCUCAUUCACCGGCGGCGGGUGACCGGCCGCGCGCACAGAUUCCUUAGUUACUCUGGCAGCUCGGGCAGCAAGCCGAGGCCUCCUCCUCAGACGGCUCGCAGCGCUUCUCUGGACGAAGGAAGUAGUGGGGCAUCGGUGCUUAGUGGACAGCCUUCUUCCUCCUGCUCGUUCGACGGCGGCCUGAAGUCCGAUCCAUCUGAUUCGGAUCCAAAGUGGCCCGAGAUCCCACCGGUCCUCAAUCAGAAUGAAGAACGCAGGAGGAACAAGUACCUGAGAAAAGAUUACCUGAAGUACAAGUGUCAGAGUGCUCGGAAAAACUCCAGUGGGAACGAUGACAGUGAGGAAGGUUCACGCAACGCUGAUUUCAGCACCACACUGACUGUGUUUGGACUAAAGCCAAGAUCAGCCUUCGCCAAAGGAAGUCGUCAGGAGUUGAGCUCGACAGACCCCAGCUUCACCAUGAGGAGGAAGAUGGAGCACUUGAGGGAGGAAAUUGAACAGAUCGGACUCCUGCGGCAGAACAUUGAAUCCAGGCUGAAGGUGCUGCUUCCAGAUGACGUUGGAGCUGCUCUGAUGGAUGGGGUGGUCCUUUGCCAUUUAGCCAAUCACAUUUGUCCUCGGUCUGUCGCCAGUAUCCAUGUGCCGUCUCCCGCUGUGCCAAAGCUGAGCAUGGCCAAAUGUCGUAGGAACGUGGAGAACUUCUUGGAUGCCUGUAAGAAGCUGGGUGUAACUCAGGACCAGCUGUGUCUGCCCCAUCACAUCCUGGAGGAGCGCGGCCUGGUGAAGGUGAGCGCCACCGUCCAGGCUCUGCUGGACCUGCCCGCGUCGAAGCCCACGCAGCUGUCAGCUGUCUGAUAAGACGGGCGCGGGGGGGGGGUUCUGCCUGACUGAAGAAGGAGACCCGAGGAAGGAAACACCCGAGUCUCUUUAUAUGAUGUCAGCCGCCUCCGCACCUCAACAGGCGUCACAUCGUCACUUGUUUCCAGUUUCUGGCCACCGGGCUCCUUGUGCGCGCCCGUGUGUGUGUGUGUGUGUGGGUGUGUGUGUAGCUACAUGACUGUGUGUUUCCUCAGCGGCACUGCUUGGACUUGCUGAGGAGAGAAGGUAAAGACGGGUCUUUGGGAAGACCUGUUCAUCCCUCUCAAAGUGCUCAGGCGGCGAGGAGGUGACAGACCUGUGGGACUCUUUCAGUGAGGAGACAAAAUCUGAACACCGCAACCCCCCCCUCCCCCCCGACUGACCUCCAGGGGUUCCUACACUCUUUGUUUUGCGGUAUUUCAUUUUGUAUUUAAGGUCAGGUCAUCUGCUGUAUCUGCCCUCAAAGCCCUGAAACUCUGGUGUAGUUGUGUAACAUUUAAACUACUGUACAAACCGUUACAAACCUGCAUGCCAUGACGUUUGACCACUGUGAGAACACGUGCCGGGCUGCGGCCAGAAGCACGGCGCUCCUGUUCUGUAGCAGGGUUCUUUUUCAUUGUAAAUGCAAGGUUGGCGUUUUUAAAAAAAAUGAUUCUGUAUAACUUUUUCUAAAGCUUUUAUAGUUUCUUUCCGAUCCCAUGUCGGCAUGUGAGCAUGUCAGAAUAAAGCAGCAACAUGUUCACACUGAAUGUGGAGGCCAACGGGAACAUUCAACUCCUGCAACCCUUCAGACACAUGGCACGCUCUUAUCUCUCUGUGUGGUUUCUGAUACAGUUCAUUGUUUCAGGGAAAUGCAAUUAUUUAAGUAUUUAUUCAUUUGGUUUAAUAUUGAUGUGUUUGCUGCUCUGUGUGUCUUAAUCCCGACUGCCGGGUCAGGUGUGGAGCAUCUGAGCAUUUACAUCUCAACUCGAUCAGUCUGCGGCGAGAAGUGUGAAAAUGACUGAAAGCAGCUGGAAGGGGAAGCUGCACCUCUGGCCGGUGUAUCAUCUGUCAACACGUAACUCCAAACAUAACAAUGCCUCCGUGUUGGAUGUGCGUGAUGUUCCUGUUUUUCAGUAGAACUGACAGCGUAAUAAGUACUUCCUGACGAUGCUCAUCAUUUAUCAUAAUUAAAUUGGAUUAUAAUUUCUGCAGAGCAAUCAAAAUUAAUCUUGCUGUCCGGACACUGUAAAUCACUUUAAGUUCAGGUGUCUAACAUGUAAAAAAAAAAAAAGCAAUUAUAAUGUAAAUUGGAGUAAAGCUGUAAAUCAAUACACAUUAAGUGUGUCAAUGAUUCUGGACAAAUGUUUUACUGGUAUAUUGUAUCCAUGGUAAUUCAAAUUUGACUGUACAACUUUGGAGAGAAGGACUUGACCUCCAUUAUAGACACGUUGGUGAUUCAAUGGAAUCACCCGUAGCUAUUACGAGGGUUUCGCUAGUUCGGCUACUGGGCCGGUAGUUUCACACAAAACUCCAUGUUUUAAAAAGUAUGCAGUAAUGAUUUUAAAACUGCUUUAACAGUGCAUUGCUUUGUAGCCAAAGCACCUUGGUGAACAACAGAGCUCAAAGUCGCUUCAACACCUGGAAAGCUCACAAAUCUCAUGUUAAACGGCAUUGAAACAUCUAAAAACAUGACGAAAUGGGGUGUUUUCUUUGUUUUCUUCUGUAGUCUUGGCCGACCACACUAUUGGGUGUAUAAAAUGCACCUGCAAUUAAUUACCUGCAAUCACAAAAGUUUAUAGCUGUCACACCUGUACUUCAAAGGAUGUUAUUGUGCAGAGACAUCCAUUUUAUGAGAGAUCAAAUGAGGUUAAUAUGCAGCCUCGGGCCUGACAAGCGCGAGUCCCCCACACCUGCUUGUGCAAAAUGUUGUGUGGUUCCUUGGAAUGCUUUACCUUAGAAAUCUCUUGAUUUCUCUGAAAUGGCUGCAUUGACGCCGUGCUGUCAUUCUGCAAGGAAGAGGCGACCCACCUGUGCAAAACAACGCAGAGCUUUCAAGUUCAUACCAGCCUACGGUCUGAAAUACUCAUGUAAUGUCUCAUGGCACUUCUUUUCCUCAUGCAGGAAGCCCGUAUCAAUUUGUGUACCUGAGGUUUAACAUGUGUCAUCCCAGAUCACUCAAGAAUGAAACACAAGAUGCUCCAAAGAACGCAGGUAACGCUGUGUCUUUCAAACUGUUGCAAGUGACAACUGGAUUUGACUGUGACUCGACCCUCUGCUUGGCGUUUUUUUUUAAUUUCCGUGGUAACCAACAUACACCUGCCCGGGCGUGACACGGUAUAUCUCCUUACAUAGAUUUCCAAUGAAUGCCGUGCAGCUUUAUGUGUCAUUCUGUACAUUUUUUUUCUCUUCUGUUUUAGAGUUGCCUUUGAGUUGCAUUGUGUUGAGCGUUCACUAACACAAUGCGCACGCACGCCCGGGGUGAGCAAAACUCAAAUGUGAAAGCUCAGAGCCUCACCCUCCUCCCUGUGAUUGAGUGUUUGGGUUUGCACUGUAGACCACGCCAUGAUUCAGUGGAGAUAAAGGUGAGCCAAACCUCUUGUGGUUUCAAAAGUCACACCGAUGCCUUGAUCUUUUUUUUUCCACCUUAGCGCAUCACCUGUCGAGCUGCCCUGUCUUACUCUUGUUUUACUCUAAAUUGUCACGGUCUCCUUGAAAGGUAAUAGGUCUCACAGCAUUGGGGCGGAGGGAGGAUUCCAGAUGGUUGAGCAAACUUAACAUGAAAUAUCAACAAAUCAAAGUGAGUGUCUUCCUGCGGUCCAGUCGGUUUAAUGGGAUCAAGGAUUUUGCACUGAACUCAAUUUAGAAGACACUAAUACGAGAAGGUAUUUUUCCACAGAAUAAGGACCGUGGAUUCUUUCUGCUUUCUUUUACGCUGGAAUUGCUCAAAGCAGACUUCUUUCGGGGCGUAGUGAACUGCAGGAAUAGAUUCAGUGGAAACAAUUUGAAACCAGAACGUGUGUGUUAUCCCUUGACCCAUUUAAUUGUACAGAUGAAAAAGGUUCCUGGCAGCAUGUUCCUGAAAAGAGAGAGACUGAAUGUUCCUCAUUUUGCUUCUAAGUGGCACUCACUUUAUAGCCUGUAACAUGGAAAAGUUGGCAAGAAAUAUCUACCAGAGAUCCAGUACUUUCUGUUGUUUGCCAAUGUGUUUUGUUUACAAACCCACUUCAAUUGUGUGUCGACCGAUUACAUCUGUACAUGUCAUCUAAUCUCAUCUAAAGAAAACAGUGAAUCGCUGAGUCACUGCCAAGAAAUUCAUUUGUAUUUAAAAAAAGUCAAAUGCAUGUAGGAAUUCUGAGUUGCUGAAGCUAAACCUGUGUACAUAUUCUCUUUAUAAAGUCCACGGAUUUCUUACAAAAAAACAAAAGAAAGGUGGUCCAAAUAAAAUAAAGUCAAAGUCUUUGCA